CGGCGGGACCGGAGCCUCGGACGGCGCGGCGGCACCGAGGAGCGGACGGCGGGCGCCUGGUGAGCAAUGGCCUGAGCCCCCAUGGCUGCCCCUCAGGACCUGGACAUCGCUGUGUGGCUGGCCGCGGUGCACCUGGAGCAGUAUGCAGACGCGUUCCGGCGGCAAGGCCUGGCUACAGCGGGUGCAGCCCGGGGCCUGGGCCACGAGGAGCUGAGGCAGUUGGGCAUCAGCGCCACAGGGCACCGGAAGCGCAUUCUGCGCCUGCUGCAGGCAGGCGCUGCAGAGGGCUCCCCAGAUCCCCGGCCGGACAGUGCCAUGGAGCCAUCACCCAGCCCAGCCCCCCAAGCCCAGCCCGCCAAGCCUGUGCCUAAGCCCAGGACGGUAUUCGGUGGGCUCAGUGGCUCCACCCCCACCCAGAGGCCUGGGCUGACUUCGGCCCUCUGGAGGCCAGAAGCAGCCGGGAGCCCAGAGUCCAGCCCGAAGUCCCCCUCUGUCCCUGCGUUCUCCGCUGAGCAGCCUUCGGCCUUGACCACCGUGGAGAUGAUGCCCAAUGCCAUCUACUUUGGCCUGGACCUGAGAGGCGGGGCACAGGCGGCUCAGGACACGGCUCCAGACAGCGCCCGCAGCUGCCCCUCCCCUGCCCUCAGGCCCGCAACAGGCACAGUGCACAUCAUGGACCCUGGCUGCCUGUACUAUGGUGUCCAGCCUGUGGGGGUCCCAGGGGUCCCCGACAGAAGAGAAGGCAGAGGUGUCUGUCAGGAAAGGGCUGAACACAGGCUCAGCAGGCAGGAUCUGGAGGCACGGGAGGACGCGGGCUAUGCCAGCCUUGAACUGCCAGGGGCUGCUCCCCUCUCGCUGCCCGCCCUGGACACGGACCCCAGUGAUGACCUCAUUUCACCCUAUGCCAGCUUCUCCUCCACGGCAGACCGCCCCAUGCCCCUGCUCAGUGGCUGGCUAGACAAGCUCUCCCCUCAAGGAAACUACGUCUUCCAGAGGCGCUUCGUGCAGUUCAAUGGGAGGAGUCUGAUGUACUUUGGCAGCGAUAAGGACCCCUUCCCCAAGGGUGUGAUCCCUCUGACUGCCAUCGAGAUGACCCGCAGCAGCAAGGACAACAAGUUCCAGGUCAUCACCGGCCAGAGGGUGUUUGUGUUCCGCACAGAGAGUGAGGCUCAGCGGGACACAUGGUGCUCCACGCUGCAGUCCUGCCUGAAGGAGCAGCGCCUCCUGGGCCACCCCCGGUCCCCACAGCCACCCCGACCGCUCCGCACGGGCAUGCUGGAGCUGCGGGGACACAAGGCCAAGGUGUUUGCUGCGCUGAGCCCCGGAGAACUGGCGCUGUACAAGAGCGAGCAGGCCUUCUCUCUGGGCAUCGGGAUCUGCUUCAUUGAACUGCAAGGCUGCAGCGUCCGGGAGACCAAGAGCCGCAGCUUCGACCUGCUCACGCCGCAUCGCUGCUUCAGCUUCACAGCCGAGUCUGGGGGCGCUCGGCAGAGCUGGGCGGCCGCUCUGCAGGAAGCAGUAACCGAGACCCUGUCUGACUACGAGGUGGCUGAGAAGAUCUGGUCCAAUCGUGCCAACCGGCACUGUGCCGACUGCGGGGCCUCGCGCCCCGACUGGGCCGCUGUCAACCUGGGCGUGGUCAUCUGCAAGCAGUGCGCGGGUCAGCACCGGGCCCUGGGGUCCGGGAUCUCCAAGGUGCAGAGCCUGAAGCUGGACACGAGCGUCUGGAGCAAUGAGAUAGUGCAGUUGUUCAUUGUCCUGGGCAAUGAUCGUGCCAACCGCUUCUGGGCAGGGGCACUGCCCGCAGGUGAGGGGCUGCAUCCAGAUAGCACCCCCGGCUCCCGGGGAGAGUUCAUCUCCCGGAAGUACCGGCUUGGGCUCUUCCGGAAGCCCCACCCCCAGCACCCCGAUCACAGCCAGCUUCUGCAGGCGCUGUGUGCAGCCGUGGCAGGACCCAAUCUGCUAAAGAACAUGACCCAGCUCCUCUGCGUCGAGGCUUUUGAGGGAGAGGAGUCCUGGUCCCCCUCAGCCCUCGACGGCAGCUUCCCUGGUGUCCUGUCCUCAGACCCCUCCCCUGGCGUGUACAAUGAGGUGGUCGUGCCUGCCACCUACAGCAGCUUCCUGUACUGCGGUCCCAUCAGCAAUAAAGCUGGCCCCCCACCCCCUCGCAGGGGACGGGACGCUCCCCCCCGACUGUGGUGCGUGCUGGGUGCAGCGCUGGAGAUGUUUGUCUCAGAAAGCAGCCCUGAACCCCUCAGCCUCAUCCAGCCCCAGGAUGUCGUAUGUCUGGGUGUGAGCCCUCCACCCACGGACCCAGGUGACCUCGACAGGUUCCCCUUUGCCUUUGAGCUCAUCCUCACGGGCGGGAGGAUCCAGCAUUUUGGUACCGAUGGAGCCGACAGUCUGGAGGCCUGGACCAGUGCCGUGGGCAAGUGGUUCUCGCCGCUGAGCUGUCACCAGCUGUUGGGCCCUGGGCUGCUGCGGCUGGGCCGUCUGUGGCUGCGGUCCCCUUCCCAUACCGCCCUGGCCCCUGGCCUCUGGCUGGCUGGCUUUGGACUUCUGCGUGGAGACCACCUCUUCCUGUGUCCAGCACCAGGCCCCGGCCCCCCGGCCCCCGAAGACAUGGUGCAUCUGCGGCGGCUCCAGGAGAUCAGUGUGGUCUCAGCAGCUGACACUCCAGAGAAGAAAGAGCAUCUGGUUCUGGUGGAGACUGGAAGGACCCUGUAUCUGCAGGCAGAGGGCCGACUAGACUUCUCCGCAUGGAGCGCAGCCAUUGGCGGGGCAGCCGGUGGCGGAGGCACGGGGCUGCAGGAGCAGCAGAUGAGCCGGGGCGACAUCCCCAUCAUCGUGGACGCCUGCAUCAGCUUUGUCACUCAGCACGGGCUCCGGCUGGAGGGCGUAUACCGGAAAGGGGGUGCCCGCGCCCGCAGCCUGCGGCUCCUGGCUGAGUUCCGGCGGGAUGCCCGGUCCGUGAAGCUCCGACCAGGGGAGCACUUCGUGGAGGAUGUCACCGACACGCUCAAACGCUUCUUUCGAGAGCUCGAUGACCCUGUGACCUCCGCACGGUUGUUGCCCCGCUGGAGGGAGGCUGCUGAGCUGCCCCAGAAGCAUCAGCGCCUGGAGAAAUACAAAGAAGUGAUCGGCUGUCUGCCCCGGGUCAACCGCCGCACACUGGCCACCCUCAUUGGGCACCUCUAUCGGGUGCAGAAGUGUGCGGCUCUCAACCAGAUGUGCACGCGGAACCUGGCCCUGCUGUUUGCACCCAGCGUCUUCCAGACGGACGGGCGAGGGGAGCACGAGGUGCGGGUCCUGCAGGAACUCAUCGACGGCUACAUCUCUGUCUUUGAUAUCGACCCUGACCAGGUAGCUCAGAUUGACUUGGAGGUCAGCCUCAUCACCACGUGGAAGGAUGUGCAGCUGUCCCAGGCCGGGGACCUCAUCAUGGAGGUGUUUAUAGAGCAGCAGCUCCCGGACAACUGUGUCACCCUCAAGGUGUCCCCGACACUGACCGCCGAGGAGCUGACCAACCAGGUACUGGAGAUUCGGGGCACGGCAGCCGGGACAGACUUGUGGGUGACGUUUGAGAUUCGGGAGCACGGGGAGCUGGAGCGGCCCCUGCACCCCAAGGAGAGAGUCCUAGAGCAGGCCCUACAGUGGUGCCAGCUCCCAGAGCCCUGCUCGGCCUCCUUGCUGCUGAGAAAAGUCUCCCUGGCUCAGGCCGGCUGCCUCUUCACAGGCAUCCGGCGGGAGAGCCCUCGGGUGGGGCUGCUGCGGUGUCGAGAGGAGCCGCCCCGCUUGCUGGGAAACCGCUUCCAGGAGAGGUUCUUUCUGCUGCGAGGCCGCUGCCUGCUGCUGCUCAAGGAGAAGAAGAGCUCUAAGCCAGAGCGGGAGUGGCCUCUGGAAGGUGCCAAGGUCUUCCUGGGAAUUCGAAAGAAGUUCAAGCCUCCCACCCCGUGGGGCUUCACGCUGAUUCUGGAGAAGAUGCACCUCCAGCUGUCCUGCACGGACGAGGAUGAGAUGUGGGACUGGACCACAAGCAUCCUUAAAGCCCAGUACGAUGACCAGCAGCCAGUGGUCUUACGACGCCGUUCCUCCUCUGACCUUGCCCGUCAGAAGUUUGGCACCAUGCCUUUGCUGCCCAUCCGCGGGGACGACAGUGGGGCCACCCUCCUCUCUGCCAAUCAGACCCUGCGGCGACUUCACAACCGGAGGACCCUGUCCAUGUUCUUUCCGAUGAAGUCAUCCCAGGGCUCUGUGGAGGAGCAAGAGGAGCUGGAGGAGCCUGUGUACGAGGAGCCAGUGUACGAGGAAGUGGGGGCCUUCCCCGAGCUGACCGAGGACCCCUUCGCCUCCUUCUCCACCAGGCGGGAACAGACAGCCAAGCCAGAGACCCCCCUGGCCAGCCAGCGGUCCUUUGAUCAACCCUUUCUGCCCAAGGCAGGCCCCCUGGGCUGGGAGGAGAGGCGGCCUGAGCCCCCCCCAGGCCCCCCUUCAAAGAGCAGCCCCCAGGCACAGGGGUCCCUGGAGGAGCAGCUGCUCCAGGAGCUCAACAGCCUCAUCCUGAGGAAGGGAGAAGCCACCGUAGGCCUGGGUAACCCCUCCCAGCCCUCCAGCCCCCAGCCCCCGAGCCCCAGUGGCCUUGCCACACAGACGCCUGGCUUCUCCACCCCAGCUCCCUGCACUUCCAGUCCACCCCCCGGCCAGCCCCUCACAUGACUCCGACCAGCAGUCGGAGGGGUUAGGUAACCAAGGACCCGGGCUCUCCCCGUGGCAGACGCUGCUGGGAGUGUCCUCUGCCCUGGCUGGGAAGACUCUAGAACCCAGCAAGUUGCUGCGCAGGGAGCACAGGGCCAAGGGCCUUCGAGGCUGUGACCUGCUCAGAGAGGGGCAGGUGCUGGCGCCUCUCCAGGCCUCUACUGACGUAUCUGUACCCAGAAGUAACUGAAAGAAGGGGAGCCGUAGUGUCGGACUGGCUCUUUCUCAGAGCCGUAAGGCCUACACGGCUCCCUUCGAGAAGAGCAACUCCUGCUUUAUAUAUUUGAUAUGUAGGGGUUGUAGGAGGGAUUUGGUGUUUGAAAAGAAUGGUUUUACUGCAUUAAUGAAAAGAAAAAAGAAAGAUUGGAAAGCCAGAGAUCUGAAUGAUCUCCAGGUUUCUCCUACCCCACCUUCAACACUCAGGACUGCAGGGAAGCCGUAGAGUGGGAGGGUGGCUAGGGUGGAGAACUGGGGCGAAGAGGAGCCAGAGAAGAUGGGUCACUGUUAAUAAACCUUGGAACCAAA